AUGUUGAGCGUAGCAAACAAUGGUAAUACAACGCCAUUAGAACAUUGGAAGAUGCAGUCACGUCUCGGCCGAGACUAUUCGGCCGGAACGCGAUACAACUUGAAACAGGCGAGGGUUUUGAAUGAUCAACAUCUGAGCUUAAGUUUCAAGCGACAGAUACCCUAUGGACUGCUUUACGGUGGCAUAAACAGUCUCGUUGAACUCUCGUUCACUCGCAAUAGCCAUGUCUUCCAACGGUCCGAGGCUGUGAGGACACCUUUGACUUUCCCCGCCCCGGCUCCGAUAUCCCCGGGCUCUGCGACCUCAGCCAUCUCGCUAGUCCUAAUUAGCUGGUCCACAUUCACUACACCAUCCAACCAGGAAAGAUCAUCACCAAUCGGACCACUUCUCCGCAUCUAUCAUGGAUUUCGGUGGAGGCAUUCAAGCUCCCCGAGCCAGUCCGAAGCACGUGUUUGGGCACAAGGAAAGCAGGUUAUAGAAACGUAUCACGAUGCGGGAUAG